AUCAAAUAGUACUAAUCAACAUCUAUUUGUUUCAGCGUAUAGAAUAUCAUUUCAUAACUAGAAUGGUGAUUUUUUUAUCUCUCGUCUAUGUCGGUUUAUUUGUGUGGGUUAUUUUAUUUACCACUCUAUGGUAUGUGUCCUUGCCUUAGCUGGCAAUCUGGGUUUCAAAAAAUCUGUCAUCAUUCCAAAGCGCCGCGUCUUCAUGGAACGACAGACACGAGCGCAAUAAUGCCAAAGGGGGGGUGUGCGUAUGGCAAGCAGAGAGCGGAGCAGAGAGAGAGAGAUUUAGAGCGAGAGGCAGAUGCCUUUCCCCACUCCAGGAGAGAAUACCGCAGCAAUGGAUAAAUAAUAACGACGUAGUAAAACUCAUUGACAGCUUGAUAAGACCUCAUUUCUGACUUCCGCUAAAGACACGAAAUAGCCUGACGCGUGCAUGUAGGAAUAUCCAGGUAAUAUCCAGGUCUCAAAUCGCGUAAACGCGAGCCGCAUAAUAAUCGUUUUCAUAAUGCGGGCGUGAGUAACAUACAGUGAACGGAGGGAGAAAUAAGGGAGGUUAGCGGAGGGCCAGUGGUAAUCGGCUCACCACUAUACGAGCUAUAGUCCUCUCCGCCAGACCAAAAGCGGGCGAGAGCGGGCCGAGACAGCAGUAUGUCGAACCGAAAACAUCGGGACAGCCAAGAGAUAUGCGCCCGCAAGGUCCGGGAGCUGGCCCAGGCUGGAGUAAACAAACACUGCUUCGAGUGCAGUCAACCCGGGGUGACUUACAUCGAUAUCACCGUGGGCUGCUUCGUGUGCACGUCGUGCUCUGGAAUGCUGAGAGGACUCAACCCUCCCCACAGAGUCAAGUCUAUCUCCAUGACAACCUUCUCCCAACAGGAAGUGGAGUUUCUGCAAAACCAUGGCAACGAGGUGGGGAGGAGGACCUGGCUGUGUGCCUUUGAUCCAAAGACAGAAGGUUGUUUCGACACGAGGGACUCCCAGAAACUGAAAGAGUUCCUCCAGGACAAAUACGAGAAGAAGAAAUGGCAUUUUUCAAAGAACAAGAACAGGAGGGAGGUAGAGGGGCCCUGGAGCCCGCCUGGGGUACAGGCCUUACCCAUCUCUCACGGCCCCACACCCUCCCAGGCCCACGCCAUGCCCCCCUCGGCCAGACUGUUACGCACACUGCCUCUCCUCCAGUCCCAGCUCUCGUCCUGGGGGGACAGAGUCCCCGCUAUCUCCCCCGCGGACAUGAGGGCUGACGUGUUCACUGCCCGUGCUCCCUCGCGCUCCCAGAGCUUCAGAGACCCCCCUAUGAAAGACUCUCUACUGAGUGGUAUAGAAAGACAACGUCCAGGCUCUCUUUCCUCGGCGAUGGGAACUCAUAGCCAUGCCCCCUCCUUCCCUGCCCUCCCUCGACCCUCAGCCAGUAGCACUUUCAAAAACAACUUCACUUUAGGUCGUACAGUGGCCUCCUCGGGGGGCUCAGCCCCCUUCAGGGCCUUCCCUAAGUCUCUGAGUGUGGACUUUGGAGGGCUCAGCCAACAGCACAGUCGCAGUGCCGUCAGCGUCGCCCCCCCAGCCCCCGGCCCCAACACACACACAAACCACCAGGACCGCUACGCUGCCCUGUCCCAGCUGAACAGUGUAUUCCCUGACACAUCACCCGGACCUGGGACUGGAGCUGGACCAGGACUUACAGCAACCCCCGGUGGACUACGCCAGUAUAACACGCACUUUGGGAAGCGCCUGUCCUCCAGUUCUACUCCUGCCAGCUCUCCAGGCAUGGAUGCCGUGACGGGAUCCCAAACAUUUGCAAAUUUCCCCAACCCGUUCAGCUCCCGUUCCAGCUCUCAGCAGCAGCAGCCUGCCCUCUCUCCCAGUAACCCCUUCCACAGCUCCACCUCCGGAGGUGACUCCAGUGGUUUUGUCACCUCUCCCACCUCAGUGUUUCCUCCGUCUGCCACCUUCCCAGCUCCCACUACCCAGAAUGCAUUUCCUCACGAGCAUGCCAACAAACAGGAGACCAACGGUUUUGCCUCUUUCCCUGCGCCGGACUCUCAGCCCAAUGUUCCUUGUCCAAUGUCAGUGAACCCAUUCACUGGGAAUGUUUACCCGAGUAGAGGAAUGUCGCGAAACCCUUUCAUCUGAUACCGGCGCCCCUGGCUACAACCGACAUGGAGGGGUGGACUGAAGACCGGUGAACUUGAAGAGCUGCUGCCAUUUCAAUGCCCCAUCAAAGAGAGAGAGAGAGGGGGGAAACAUUCAUGCAGGCCCCUCUCCCCUCUACGUGUGUGUGUGUCCGUGCACGUGUGGAGUAUCUGUACUGUAACGUUUAUCCAUGGAAAGAAUGUGUGCAUGUGCGUGCCGGUGUGUUUGAGUGAGUGUGUGUGUGUGUGUGUGUGUGUGUGUGUGUGUGUGUGUGUGUGUGUGUGUGUGUGUGUGUGUGUGUGUGUGUGUGUGUGUGUGUGUGUGUGUGUGUGUGUGUGUGUGUACCAUAUACCAAGGGUGUUUAAUAUGGCAAUAGAAUCCACCUCAGGGAUCUGUGUGUGUCAUUACCAAGACACACACACACACACUUACACACUUAGCUGGGUGUACACUACACGAUUUUGGCCCCGAUUUAGCUGCCCCAGACAAGAUCCAACGACAAAAUGUCAUUGCCUACUCGUUUAAUGUGAGCGGGUCAGAGAUGCAAUCUGAGGGCUACCGAUCCCGUCCUUGAGCAGUCCCAGAAGUCCCGAUAUUUUCAAACGUUUGAUUUUGUCGGCACAAAAUCCGCAAUGCUCUCGGAAGUGUGAGAUGUGCAUCGACAAGUUCUGAGAACGGUGGUCAGCAAGAGCCAAUGAGAGCUCGCCAGAGAAGAAGCCAGUGAGAUGAUGUCGUUGUUUCGCAUCACCCAGAAUGUGUGGACUCUCCAGCAGGAGCCAUGACUACUAGUAGUAUAUGUUCGUACUUGCCUUUAACCAAAGCCAAAGUGUCAAAUCGUUACACAGCUCUGAAGUUCACAAGCAAUGUUAUUCCAUCCAAAAUGUUGGCUAGAUAUUUCAACUCUUAUUGGCAUGCGUGAAUGUCUGACUGAAAACGUUUAUGAGGCUGCUUUUGAGCCACAGCUCGUUCUAGUGACAUUAACAAUCCAAUCACAUCAUCACGUCAGUGUUUUGACGAGACAGCAUGGUGGUACCGAGAAUCCUCACGACCAAGUGAAGAACCUUGGCGUGUGUGACAUCCAUUUGUGCCAGAUCGUUUAGUGUGGUGCACCACUACGUUAGCAAGACAAAAAAAAAAAAAAACGACAGGAAAGAAGGUUGUUUAAUGUGAGAGGCUCGGCAAUGUUCGGAUUUUAAAGUUGUGUAGUGUGCACCCGACAUUAGCUGUUUCUCCCAUGUACUGCUUCUGUGCAACAGCAGCCCCAUCAGCACGUCAAAUCAUCAUAUUUUGCUUACUUUUUGGAUACACCUCUGAAAAGGGCAUUCAAAAACUCCCCAAAGCUAGCCAGUCCAGUCUGUCAGUGUGUAUCAAGUUACAGAAUGGAGACAUCCCUCUUCAAGGCUUUCAGAGCUGAACAAUAUGACAAGCGCAAACAAUUAUGACAAGCAAGCAUUUCUUUUUUCUUAGUGACGGUUAUGCCAGCCUUAACACAACGUCCUCUUAAUGCAUGUAGAUUGGAGAACAUUCAGACAAGCCUGUCUUUCCCCCCCCCAUGUGCUGUGUGCGUACCAGAGGAGGCUGGUGAGAGGAGCUAUAGAAGGACUGACUCAUUGUAAUGGCUGGAUUGGAAUCAAUGGAACCGAGUCAAACGUGAGGUUUCUGUCACAAUGAGUUUCCCCUGUUGUGUACGUAUGUGGAAAACACGUUUCUAUUGUUUUUUUUAAUGUUUGUUGUUUUUUGUAAAUCAUUUGUGUUUCAGUCUCAGGCUGCAUGCGCUGGGAGGGCUGCAAGAGGAGAUGCUAUUGAAUGUAAAAGCUAUUUUCAAAACAAUAACAGUGUGUUUCAUCUCUCCCUGUAAUGGACCAAAUGUUUCUUGUUCUUUUGGGUGACAACAUGGAGGUGAAAUUCAUUUUCUUUCUUUCUCUUUUUUUCAAGAGUUCCAUUGACGAAGUAUUUGUAAUGAAAAGUGUCCAUGUUCAUAAAUUCAAAUAAUAUUGGUUGCUUCUUUAAA